GGCGCCGCGGGGCGGGGGCCGAUGGGGCCUGGCGGACGGACGGCGCCAGCGCGGGGCUCGCCUGGGAGCGGGUGUGCGGGGUUGUGAGGGGGCGACGCGGACGCUGCGGCCCGCCCGGGAUGGGCCAGCCCCGGCUUGGCUGGGCCGAGCCGGAGGCGAGGGAGACGCGCGGGCCAGGCCUGCCGGGCUGGCGGCCCGGGGGCUGAGGUAGAAGUGGGCGCGGAGGAAGGGGCCGAGCCAAGGCGGUGGGUGGAGCGGCGAGGGGGGCGGAGGCUGGGCCGCGGCGGGCAAGCGGAGCGGCGCGCCUGUCCGGAGCUCGGCUGUGGCGCCGGAGAAGGCUGAGGCGGCGGCGGCGGGCCCGGACAAGCUCCUGGAGGCGGCGGACAAGGCGCCGGGGUCCCCCAUGGGCGGGUGUGUGGGCGCCCAGCACGACUCUUCAGGCAGCCUCAACGAGAACUCGGAGGGCACCGGAGUUGCUUUAGGUCGUAACCAGCCUUUGAAAAAGGAGAAACCAAAAUGGAAAAGCGAUUAUCCUAUGACAGAUGGACAACUGCGCAGCAAGAGAGACGAAUUUUGGGAUACUGCACCAGCAUUUGAAGGCCGUAAAGAGAUUUGGGAUGCCUUGAAGGCUGCUGCACAUGCUUUUGAGAGCAAUGAUCAUGAACUGGCGCAAGCAAUCAUUGAUGGUGCAAACAUAACAUUACCACAUGGUGCACUUACAGAGUGCUAUGAUGAACUGGGGAACAGAUACCAGCUUCCAGUCUAUUGCUUAGCACCACCAAUCAACAUGAUAGAGGAAAAAAGUGACAUAGAGACUCUGGAUAUUCCUGAGCCACCACCCAAUUCUGGAUAUGAAUCUCAGCUCCGUUUGCGCCUUUCUACAGGCAAAGACCUCAAACUUGUGGUUCGUAGCACAGAUACAGUAUUCCACAUGAAGAGACGGUUACAUGCAGCUGAAGGAGUGGAACCAAGUAGUCAGCGGUGGUUUUUCUCUGGCAGACCUCUCACUGAUAAAAUGAAGUUGGAAGAGCUGAAGAUCCCAAAGGACUAUGUUGUACAGGUUAUAGUGAGCCAACCUUUGCAGAACCCAACACCAGUUGAAAACUGAACCCAUCCUAUUGGCUGGUUCCCUGAUCCUUCUGCUCCUUUUUAUUGUGAUGUUAUUUCCUACUCUAUGGCGUGAAAUUUAUUUUCACUGCUCUAAAUUCCCUAUGAAUGGAUUUAGUUCUGAGGAAUUAACCAGUGAAAAUUUCCAUCUGUGAUGGAGACCAACAAAAAUAAUAAAACACAAAGAGCCAGCCUUUGAGACUCAUGUAAUUACAAUUUCUAAUUUGAGAAGCAGUUAAGAAAUAGAUAACCAUUUAUUUUAAAACAACUAUGUAAUGGCUAUAUUUAAAGGAUUUGGAACAUUGCAUCAUGAAGAAUAGCACCAAGCACCUUUUGAAUACAGAUUUUUAAAAAAUAUAUCAAAUUAUAGAAUUUCCAGAAAACAUCAAUAACAGUUAUAAAAUGUAAGUUUUUUUCUUUAAUGAAAACUGAAAAGAGUAGUAAUUUGAUGUUUGCUUCUGUUCUGGUUUUUGAUUCUUAGCUCAUAUAUUUAGCCAUAAAGGAGUAGAGACUGGAGAAUUGUGCUUCAGUGUUGCUUUCCUCAUCCCCACAUGUUGAGGUCCUUAUUUACAUUCACACUAAAUUUUGGUGCCUUUCAGCACAUUGGUGGCAGGCAUACUUCUGGAACACGAGGCAAUAAUGUAGUCAGUGCAGUCUCUGGUUUUCAACUGAUACUCAGUUGAAAAGUCUCUUAUCCUCUUGCUGCAUACACAUUUUGAAAGGUCUGUAUAAUGAAGCUGUUUUCAUAUCAAGGCUUAGAAGGUCACUACUGUAUAAUACCUUCAUUGAUUUAUCUGUUCUCCUUAGAGCUUUUCAUAGCCAACUGUGACCCCAAAUGUAUGGUUCCCGAGCCAGAGAACCCAAGAAUCAAGUACAGUUGUUCCCACUACUACAGGAUAAUCACAUAAUUAUUCUCUUCUCCUCCACAUUGCAGAAAGAGUGUAAGGAAAACCCAUUCUAUCUGUGCCUGGGAGAACUGUGCCUAUUUUCAGUCUCUUAGAGAAAAUUUCAGCUCAAAAUUUACAAGUGUGAAAGGUUUACUGGCAUCACCAAAUAAUGAAACAUUGCUUUAUACCUUAGUCUUAGAGCUUCCUCUGUUCAUGGUGGAUGACAAUUUUCCUCCCUCAUCUUUCCUAGCAAAAGCAAAUUAAGAACCAUCUGUAAAUCAGGGAACUGAGAAAAAAGUGCAGUGAGAUAACCUGAUUUUUCUGUCCUAUGACUAGAGUAAAGCUGCCAAGGUUUAUGUUUAAUUUGGAGCCUUUUAAAAGUUGGUUCCUUAGGGCAGCACCUGUGGCUCAAAGGAUUAGGGCGCUGGCCCCAUAUGCCAGAGGUGGCGGGUUCAAACCCAGCCUCGGCCAAAAACUGCAAAAAAAAAGUUCUUUACAAGAGAAAGGGAUUAAGAGUUGACCACUGGACUCCCGAGAAUCCAUGAGAUAGAAAAGUAGAGACCAGAAGGCACUUAGACAGUUUCUCAAUUGGGAAAUAGAAACCUUCGCACCUACUUAGAUGUGAAACACCAUUAUUAAUUCUGAUGACAAAAGGAAACUGCUAAUUAGUUUAAAUGUAAUGUUUAAAAUGGUAUUACAUUUUCUGUAACCUUAUUAAAUAUAUCUGUAAUUGUAACUUACCAUGUUUCUUAAAGCUUUAACUACUUCCCUAUUUUUAUGCAAUCAUUUUAAAGAUUGUGGCUGUCUCUAAUUUAGGAUUGCUGAUGAUUAAAUCUAAAUUCAAGAGAAAACAGCAUUAAUUCCAAAGGAGAAUUUUUAUAUUUAGACGUGGAGGUAUGAGAGUAUUUUAAUAUGUUGCUCUGUCAUCAAAAAGUUUUGUGUGCCACGUUGAAUAGUACCAUCUCUCAAAGUUUGUCAACUGGAAAAAAAGUGUUUAAGCCUACGUUUUUUAAGGAAAACUGAUGAUGUCAUCAUUAUCUAUGAUUGACAAAAGGUUUGUUUGUUGAGAAUUUGAGCUCUCUUAUAAGAGUUAAUUUUACUUUAAAGGAACGUAUACUUUGAAUAACACUACUCUGGGCAUGUUCAACUAACCUAGAUGAGAAAACCAUGGUGCUGUUUAAUUGUAAAUAGAUUGAUGUAAGAUUGGACCAAUACUUGAUGUGUAUAAUUUUAGUAUGUAGGGUUUUGUGCUUUUUUUAAAAAAAAAAAAAGUUCAAUUCU